AUGAAGAAUUUCUUGGUUUCUUUAUACUUCUUGUUUCCUACAAUCUUUACAAUUAUUCUUGUGCUACUAACACCAAUUCCAAGUGCACAAUUAGCACCAAGUGAAAUAAGAAUUCUUCUUCAACUUCAAACACUUCUUGAAUAUCCACAAGUUCUUCAAAAAUGGAACAAUCUCACCAACUUCUGCAACAUGCCUCCAUCAUCAUCAUCAUCAUUCAACAUUAUCUGCUCAAAGAAUCAUAUAACAGAAUUAACCAUCAUUGGUAACAAAAGAAGGCCAGUUUCUUGGAAUACAAGUAACACUCUUUCACAAAGAUUUUCUGUUGAUUCUUUUUUCACUAUUUUAACAAAGCUUUCAAAUGUGAAGGUUUUGUCAUUGGUGUCACUUGGUUUGUGGGGUACAUUGCCUUCAAAAAUCACUAGGUUUAAGUCACUUGAAGUUUUCAACGUUUCAUCAAAUUUUUUGUAUGGAAAAAUCCCAUUAUCAAUUUCUUCAAUGACAAGUCUCAAGAGUCUUGUUUUGGCUGAUAAUUUUUUCAAUGGAAGUGUUCCUAAUCUCAACAGAUUAGUCUCUCUUGAAGAGAUUAAUCUUGUUAACAAUAGAUUAGGACCUGAAUUUCCUUCAUUUUUGUUCUCUCUUCCUUUGCUAAAUCACCUGAACUUGGCUUCAAAUCAAUUCAACGGUUCAAUUUCUUUGAAUAUAUCUUGUGAUUCUGCUCUAAUAUUUGUUGAUAUCUCAAACAAUUUUCUAGAAGGAAUUUUUUCAUCCUGCAUUGAUUCGAAUCCGUUGAAUCGAACGAUAGUUUAUUCCGGUAAUUGCUUAUUAAGCAGAAAUCUCAGUGAUCAACAUCCAUCUUCAUAUUGCAACAAAUCGCCGGCCUUUUCUACUAAGCCGAAAAGAUUUGAGAGACGGAAUGAAUCAAAGAUGCAUCUAGGAUCAGUACUUGGGAUUGUUGGAGGUUUUGUUGGAAUUGUAGGGCUUAUGAUUCUAAUUUUUCUGUUCAUUUUGAAAAAGUCCAAAACAGAAAAAGCAGUAAAAUCUGUUGAUAAUAGAGUUUCUGUCACUUCAUUUUCAAGACCAAAUAUUUAUACAAGGAGUAAUGUUCCUAAGCUAAUGAGGCUAGCUUCAAUUGGAUUAAGACCAUACAACAUUUUCACAAUAGAAGAAAUUGAAGAUGCAACCAACAAUUUUGAUCCAUCAAAUCUAAUAGGUGAAGGAUCACAAGGACAGCUAUAUAAAGGUAGGCUCAAAGAUGGUUCAAUGGUGAUGGUUAAUAUUGUAAAACUAAAGCAGAAGAGUUUGAGCAAAAUCAGUGAUGAGAACUUGAAGGUGUUACCAAAUUUAAGGCAUAGGCAUUUGGUGAGUGUGUUAGGACACUGUGCCAUUACUUAUCAGGACCAUCCCAACAUUACAAGCACAAUAUUCAUUGUAUUUGAGCAUAUCUCAACUAUGUCAUCAUUGAGGAUCCAUCUUACAGAUAUGCUGAAGUGGAAACAAAGAAUGACAAUUAUGAUAGGCAUUGGAAGAGGAAUUCAAUACUUACAUAGAGGAGUUAAUCAUGGCAUAUUUGGAAACAACUUAAAGAUUGAGAACAUUCUAUUAGACAAUAAUCUCAAUCCAAAAGUUAGUGGAUAUAGCAUUCCAUUUCCAUCCAAGGUUAGAAGAACAAAUUACUAUACGGUUCUGAGAAAAAACUUAAAGAACAAAAUCAUCAAUAAUGCAGAAAAGGAAGACAUAUAUCAAUUUGGUGUGAUUCUACUUGAAGUUAUCACUGGGAAACUAAUUACAUCUUCUAUUGAAGUAGAAAUUUUGAAAUAUGAGCUUGAGAGAGGUUUAUCUGAAGUUGCAUCACCAAUCACAUUGAGUAGCGCAAUCGAUCCUUCUCUUCAUGGAACUUACACACAUGAAUCGUUAAAGACUACAAUUCAGAUCGCCAUCAAUUGUCUCAAUAAGGUUCCCGGUAAUCGUCCUUCGAUGGAAGAUAUUCUCUGGAAUCUGCAGUACUCCAUGCAAGUUCAAGAGGCAAGGUCUAGCAAAACAUCAUCAUGAAAAUGUUGUAACU